UGGGCCCAGUACCUGGAGGAGUUCAUGGCUGGCAGAGUGGCAUAUGGUUCCUGGUACAACCAUGUCAAGGGCUACUGGGAGCGCAGGAAGGAUCACCCCAUUCUCUACCUGUUCUACGAGGAUUUGAAGGAGGACCUCCGCCGGGAGAUUGCCAAGGUGGCCCAGUUCCUGGGGCAGAAGCUGUCAGAGGAGGCUCUGGACACCAUCACCCAACACACUUCCUUUGAGGCCAUGCGGGACAACCCUGCUACCAACUACAGCAAGGUGCCCUCCGACCUCAUGGACCACAGUGUGUCCCCCUUCAUGCGCAAAGGCACCACCGGAGACUGGAAGAACCACUUCACCGUGGCCCAGAACGAGCGCUUUGACCAGGACUAUGCGCAGAAGAUGUCAGGCACUGACCUGUGCUUCCGCACUCAGAUCUGAGGAGGCACUGCUGGACGCCCCCCAGAUCCGCCCUGUGCUGUGAUGGCACUGCUGCCAUUCCUUCCUCUCCCCUGGGACUGCUGGAGAGAAAUAAAAUGUGCUCCCUGACUGUG